AUGGGUUCGUGGCAGCAUCCCCUGUCAGGAUUACUUGUUAACGGUUCAGUUAGAGCUGAUGGAGACAAUGUGGGGGAAAGUUUGAGGAAUGAUUACAUAAUUAUAGAUGAUCAUAAUGGAGGCCCUGGGGGUGGAUCUGGUGGGACUAUUCUUUUGUUUUUAAGUGCUCUAGUUCUUAGUGAGCCUGGCACUCUUUCAAGUGUUGGUGGUCAUGGAUGUCCCAAUGGUUGUGGCGGGGGUGGUGGUGGAAGGAUUCACUUUCAUUGGUCAGACAUUCCUACUGGAGAGGCAUACCAUCCAAUAGCUAGUGUGCAGGGCAGCAUAAAAACUGGGGGUGGAGGGGCUGGAACUUAUGGUGGUGCUGGGGAAAGAGGUACGGUGACUGGAAAAGCUUGUCCAAAAGGGCUUUAUGGAACAUUCUGUGAGGAAUGUCCAGCCGGCACAUAUAAAAAUGAAACAGGAUCUGAUAGAGCGCUUUGUUUUCCGUGCCCAGCUGAUGAGCUUCCCAAUCGUGCUGUUUACACUACCAUCCGAGGUGGCAUUACUGAAACACCUUGUCCCUACAAAUGCAAUUCGGAAAGAUAUCACAUGCCCCAUUGUUAUACGGCUCUCGAGGAGUUGAUGUACACAUUCGGUGGGCCUUGGUUGUUUGGUCUUCUUCUUUUGGGUCUCCUCAUCUUGCUAGCAGUGGUACUUAGUGUUGCACGAAUGAAGUUUGUUGGUGUAGAUGAAUUACCGGGCCCCACUCCUACACAGCACAGCUCUCAAAUUGAUCACUCAUUUCCUUUCCUGGAGUCACUGAAUGAGGUUUUAGAGACAAACAGAGUUGAGGAGUCACAGAGGCAUGUACAUAGAAUUUAUUUUUUGGGUUCGAAUACAUUCGGUGAACCUUGGCAUCUUCUUCAUACACCUCCAGAACAAGUGAAAGAAAUUAUAUAUGAAGGUCCAUACAUCAGAUUUGUGGACGAGAUUAAUGCUAUAGCUGCUUACCAGUGGUGGGAGGGAUCAAUGUACAGUAUUCUAUGCAUUCUUGCGUAUCCUCUUGCAUGGUCAUGGCAACAGUGGCGCCAGAGAACGAAGUUACAACGACUUCGUGAAUUCGUGAGGUCCGAGUAUGAUCAUUCUUGCUUACGGUCUUGUCGCUCACGUGCUCUCUAUGAAGGGCUGAAGGUUAGUUUCUGA